CGGCCCGUCCGUAGCCGCUGCGUCCGACACGGGGGCGGUGGCCGCGCGGGUCCGGCGGGACCCGGUCCGGAGACUGCGCCGCCCUGCAGAUUGGCCGUAGGAGGACGGGGCUGUGUUUUGCUGCAUCCCAGACCUGGCGGAAAAGGGAAGAGAAAAAGAGGGCUGCCAUGGCGGCUGUGGACAGCUUCUACCUGCUGUACAGGGAAAUUGCCAGGUCCUGCAAUUGCUACAUGGAAGCCCUCGCCUUGGUUGGAGCCUGGUACACGGCCAGAAAGAGCAUCACUGUCAUCUGUGACUUCUACAGCCUGGUCAGGCUGCAUUUUAUCCCCCGCCUGGGGAGCAGAGCAGACCUGAUCAAGCAGUACGGAAGCUGGGCUGUCGUCAGCGGGGCGACAGAUGGCAUUGGGAAAGCCUACGCCGAGGAGCUCGCCAGCCGCGGUCUCAACAUCGUCCUUAUCAGCCGCAGCGACGAGAAGCUGCGGGCCGUCGCCAGAGACAUAGCUGACACCUACAGAGUGGAGACCGACGUGAUAGUUGCCGACUUCAGCAGCGGCCGAGAGAUCUACGUGCCCAUUCGCGAAGCCCUGAAAGACAAAGACAUUGGCAUCUUGGUGAACAACGUGGGUGUGUCUUACCCCUGCCCCCAGUAUUUCACUCAGGUCUCAGAGGACAAGCUCUGGGACAUCAUAAACGUGAACAUUGCCGCCGCUAGUCUGAUGGUCCGGAUAGUGUUGCCUGGAAUGGUGGAGAGGAAGAAAGGCGCCAUCGUCACCAUCUCUUCGGGCUCCUGCUGCAAACCCACUCCGCAGCUGGCUGCAUAUUCUGCUUCGAAGGCCUACCUGGACCACUUGAGCAGAGCGCUGCAGUACGAGUACACCUCGAAAGGGAUCUUUGUGCAGAGUCUGAUCCCCUUCUGCGUGGCCACCAGCAGGACUGCACCCAGCAGCUUCCUGCACAAGUGCCCCUGGUUGGUGCCUUCGCCGAAAGUGUACGCCCAUCACGCCGUCUCUACGCUGGGGAUUUCCACGAGGACCACAGGAUACUGGUCCCAUUCCAUUCAGGUAUUUCUUUUUGCACAGUAUAUGCCUGAAUGGCUCUGGGUGUGGGGAGCAAACAUUCUCAACCGCUCGUUCCGUAAGGAGGCCUUAACCUGCAGAGCUUGAAGCUGGGUGACCCCUGGGAAUUCGGCCGAUUCAUGGUAACCUGCAGUCUUCUGCCGUCUGGAAAACCACGUUCCAUUUAUCCUGUGUUCUCUUUGAUCACUGAUUGCCUAGAUAGGUGAUGCGCCUCUUGCAAAGCAGACCUGAUACUGCGGAGUGCUGCGAGAGCGCCUCAAGCCCCGGGAACCCGGGCUGUGUGCACGCAGCGACGGAAGCCUCACAGCCACGCGGACGCCUUCAUUUCCGGGCUUCUUGUCGAGUUGUGUGAUUUAUGUUGCUGUCGGAGCCGGGGCAGUGGCACCCUGAGACGUUACCUGACUCGUCAGCGCUGGCUCCUACGGGGAAUGACCGUUUUCCCUUUACAGGUGACGGUGUCGGUUUUCGAAUGUCCAUCAGGAAAACCACCUGAAGUGUUAUUUGUGACUGAAGCUGCUGGUAUUGUUAGCACUGAAGACCUGUGUGGUGUUGUGUAGCUGUCGCUGUGGGACUGUGUGCGAGCGCUGCCCUUCAGCGCAGAUCCCAGUAGAGAACCGUGUGUGGAUGCGUGCCGUGUGUCUGAUGUGUGUGGGGGUACGACGGGGUGACUGACCUCGGAACGUCACGGGCAUCAAGCAGUCGCAUCCUUUGCACUGUAAACAAGCGUACCAGGUCUGUGUGGAGUUCGCCGCGUGUACUGCUUCCUGUGUCACGUUUUGUGUUUUCAAAUCCAUGGAAUAAAUUCCUUCCUAGAUGUGAAUGUGUAGUGGGUAACUCUGUCAUCUUUGGUUUGAAAGAUAAUUACUGUGGGUGAGUAGGGGCUUCUAGACUGUGAUGUACUUGAUAACUCAAAUUGAGCCCUUUAGAGCUUGUUUGUCCGAUUCCAUAUGCUUUUUAUGUAUUAUUAUUCUAUUCCAGUAGCAUUAUUGAUAGAAACAUCAAGUAUUUAUGGAAUAAUCGUUAAGAUAUGGACAAAUUAUGUGUGUGAUAUGUGUCUGUUGAAAUAAGUAAGUUAGCUCAUUUCUGGUUCAUGUAGUGAAUUUAUGUGUGACAGUGAGUGUUUUUGUUAGUGUGACUAUAAACAUGACACCCACGAUUCGGGUUGGUGUUGGAACCUGCUGUGAAGUGUCUUUAAUUCAGCUUCUCCAGAGCCAGCCACUGUGGAGGACCACACACCCGGUGCUUGAAAAACUGACGUCGCGGUAUGAGUAUGGCUGUGCGGAUUUAACAUCCAGAGCUCAGCAGUGCGACAGUGGCACAGAGCUGUCCGCUGGUUGAAGGUCGGCCGUGUGUGUCGUUGGUUUCUCGUGAGAGGCCCCUAGCAUAGGCGCACUGUGAGAGGCACACUUUUCUGUGGGGCUCCAGUGUUGCCUGUGACAUUGCCUGGACUACUUAUAGCUGUGACUUGUGCUUAGAAGGUCAGUGGCCCAGUUCUGCAGCUCUUCCACUCCUGGAGCAUGUCUUUAAAACCCACGAUUCAAAAACUACACACAUGGAGAUGCUACAUAAAAGCGAAAGUUCUCGUGGAGUUAGCGUAGAAUCCUCUGAACCCCAUGCCAUGUUGAUGUGUAAUAAACAGCAGCAACCGUAUGUGACAGCGUCGUCACUGUUACACGCAAGGCUGUUCUUGGUCUUUGUCGUGUGGCGGGUCUGGCAGGCACACUUGUCAGCGGUUGCUGACUUGUACCCGAGCAGGAUGGAGGUGAUUACACAGAGUGGUGUGCAGGAGGCGGGAAGUCGUCCACCGCCCGCCGCUUAGUGAAGGGACCAAGACCAAGCAUUCCCUAGGUUUUUUUGUUGUUCAUCAAAUUCCUCUCCUCCCAGAUCAUUUGAGAAUUAAUGGACACAGUGAGUGGGGAUUCUUACUAAAAAUGUGGGAAAUAAGAGCCUUUGAAACAAUCUGUAAAUUCAGUUCAAAGUUGAACAAUAAAAGAAGUUGCUGUCUCCUUUGGAAGAGGUUUUGGUCCAAGUGUCCAAGU